GCUGUUGCUAAUCAGUGCCUGGGAGCUCCAGCUGGAGGCCUGCUCUUACCCUGAGUUUGAUGGGAACAUGGAGCCCUCCUCCGCACCAGACCCAGGGAUUCCUGCAGGGAAGAGCUCCUCUAUGCCACAGAGAAACUACCGUGUCCUGGUGGGUGUGACUGGGAGUGUGGCUGCCCUCAAGCUGCCCCUUCUCAUCGCUGAGUUGCUGAAGAUCACUGAGCUGGAAGUGAAGGUGGUCACCACUGAGAGAGCAAAGCAUUUCUACAAUGUCCAGGAGAUUCCUGUCACCCUCUACAGUGAUGAAGAUGAAUGGCAGCUGUGGAAGGAGCGCUCAGACCCAGUGCUGCACAUCGAGCUCAGGCGCUGGGCUGACCUGAUGGUGGUGGCACCUCUGGAUGCAAACACGCUGGCAAAGCUUGCCAAUGGCAUCUGUGACAACCUGCUGACCUGUGUGAUCCGGGCCUGGGAUCUGAGCAAACCUCUGCUCUUCUGCCCAGCAAUGAACACAGCCAUGUGGGAGCAUCCCAUCACAGCACAGCAUGUGGAGCAGCUGAAAGGCUUUGGCUACACAGAGAUCCCCUGCGUGGUGAAGAAACUAGUGUGUGGAGAUGAAGGUCGCGGUGCCAUGGCAGAGGUGUGCACCAUUGUGGAGAGCGUGAAGAGGAUCCUGGAAGAGCGGGGCUUGCCAGCACAGAGCUGAUGUUUGGCACAUUCAUUGUGUUUGGUGCCUCCCUGAUGAUUUGAAGAUAAAACCAAGUGCUCUGCAACCGAAGGAGUGAAACGGUUGCUUCCAGCUGGUGCCAGCCUCCAAUGUGGUUGGUUCAGUGCUGCCGACUCUCAGAAACCGAAGCCAAGGCCAUGCUGCUUUAGUGUGGGAAAGCCCUGUGGUAUCUCACAGAGAUGGAACAACGUUCUGCCCGGCCACUC